AUGUUUGGGAGGGAGCUCUCCUGUGCUUUUAGGUAAACAAGGAAGUGUAGCUGGGUUCAACAGAUGUGGCCUUGACACAGUAAUAAAGUCACUGAUGAGCGUCAACUAGGCGCAGGUAUUGGCAAGGACUUCACGAUACGAUACAUAUCAUGAUACUCGAGUCACGAUAUGAUACAUUAUUGCAAUAUGUUGCAAUAUUCUACAGAGUUCACUGAGAAAUUUUAAAUGCAGCUUAAAUUAGACAUUAUAUAUAUAGAUGAACAUCAGAUGACUUCAGUGAUAAUAAUCAAUUGGACAAAUUUAGUCAAAAAACAAUAUUAAUCCAAAUGAUCUAUUGUUUUGGGUUAAUGUUCAACCCAAAACACAACUUUUUCUCUUUUUUUUUCUUUAAAUCGAUAUUAAGACAUUCAAAAUCGAUAUUGUAUUGGAAGAAAAAAUAUCGUGAUAUAUUGCCAUAUCGAUAAUUUUUUUGUUUGGGCAAUGUUACUCAUGCAGAUGUGAUAACACCAGGAAGGAAUCAGUCGUGUUGCAAUCAAAAAGUGAAUCUUGAUUUGUUAUGAUAUUUGUGUUAAAGCUACUACUUUUUUACAAUACACAUUAACAUGAAUCCAACAUAUUUUAGUAAAGGGACAAGGGAUAUUUUAAUAUUGAAUGCAAAAUGAUGAUAACAAUAAUAUAUAUUUAUAAAUAGGGGUCCUUGCCCUGAAAAACACUGAAGACCCCUGAUUUAGUAACUAGAGUUUAGUUACUCCAAAACUGAAUGAAUGAGUAGAAACAGAAUGAAUGACUCCUUGCUAAGAGCAAAUAUAUACAUAUAUAUGCACUCGACUACAUUUUUCUCGCAGUGAGAGUAACAAUGUGCACAUUUAUAACUGAAUCUUGCACAACACAAGCUUCAUUAUCAGCAAUGGUAUGUUUUUGUUGGACCUAGAUAAAUAUGUGCCAUUGACAGCAGUGACUCACUGUCACUGGCCGUUGACAAGUGUGAUUUGAAGUGAAAUAAAACUGUACAUGAGGCCACAUUUCAUUCUUUAUAAGGAAGGAGUUGAACGUAUUGCAGCUCUAAUGAAUGCUUUCCUGGACAGCCCUCCUCCCACCCUCUCCCUUUUUUGUCCUGUUAAUCACCUGAAACCCGAUCAGCGCAAACAAAACGACCCUUGAGCUUUAUCAGCCUAAGCCUGACACCAGGAAGCUGGUGAACGUGGCUGAGGGUGAAGCGCACAACUCCAGACAUUAAUACAACAACCCGCCGGAGUUUCCCCUCUGGGUGUGGAAGACCGGAAAGCAGGAGUAGGAGGAGAAACGAGGGAGGAAUGAAUGAGAAAACAGAGAUAAAACACCGCCUCGGAUGCAGUGCACGCUGAUGAGGACGCUGCAACUACAGGGACUCAGCCAUGGCCAGCACCAUGUACUACGGAGAUUAUCACAACUGCACUGACGUGGACUGGGUGGUGAAGCGCUACUACUUGCCUUUCGCCUACGGCACCAUCUUCAUCGUGGGCCUGGUGGGGAACGUGAUCUCCAUCAGCAUUUACGUGACCAAGCUGCGACCCUUCAAGAGCAGCAGCAUCAUCAUGAUCAACCUGGCGGCCACCGACCUCCUGUACGUCCUCAGCAUGCCCUUCCUGGUUUACUACUACACCAACGGGGACUCGUGGACGCUCGGCGACUUCAUGUGCCGCUUCGUGCGCUUCGGCUUUCACUUCAACCUUUACGGGAGCAUCCUCUUUCUGACCUGUUUGGCAAUUUUCCGCUACGUGGUGGUGAUCAAGCCGUUGUGGGCAGCACAGGUGCAGCGGAAAUUAUGGGGCAUUGCUGCGUGCUCGGCCGUCUGGGUCAUUGCCGCAGCAGAGAUCACACCAAUGCUGACUAUGAUAUCCAUGGAAGUGCAGAACAACAAGACCUACUGCUUGGACUUUGCGAGCACCAUACCCGUCAGCGACGUGCGUUGGUACGGGUGGCUGCUCACCGCGCUCGGGUUUGUGCUCCCCCUAGUGGUGGUGUUCAUGUGCUACAUCGGGAUAGUGAAGCAGUUGACGAAAGGGCCCCCCGUGACCAGCCCCUGCCGGAAGCGAGCGCGACGCGUGACUGUUCUCAUCCUGGUGGUGUUCGUCGUGUGCUUCCUGCCGUACCACAUCUUAAGGGUGCUGAGGAUAGAAACUCGAUGGAACCCAGAGACGUCGUGUAUAAUGGAGCGCACCGUGCAUGCCGCGUAUAUUAUCUCCAGGCCUCUGGCUGCAGUCAACACCUUUUUUAACCUGGCCUUGUACACCCUUUCAGGUGAUCAGUUCAGGAGGGCUUUUGUUAGCACUUUUUACCGGGAGUCCUGGUUGAUCAAAGCCAGGUCUCUGUUCAACGUGGCCACAGUUAGCAAAACAGUCAGUGACCAACCUGCUGCAUGACAGCUGCAGCACGAUAUGGUUUCUUUACUGCGUCCCUCCCCUUUACUGUAGGUUUGUUUUAGACGUAUACCCUCAUGGUAUGUAAAUAAGAAACGACUAAAGGUUAAAGCUGUGACAUUUGUGUGCAUGCGUCUCUUUCUCUUACUGGAACUCCCGAGUGUGUUUUUACCCGAACAACAAUGGAUUCCUUUGUUUGCAGCAACAACAAUAGUUUCACUCUGUAGUCAUAAAAUGUGGAAUUAAGUAUUUGCAUUUCUAAGCUUUUCCCUUUCCCGUAAGGAACCGUGAAGGUAACUGAACCUCUGCAUUGAUUUUAUUCCUGGUGACACUUUGAUAUUUCCUCCAGCUCCACCAUUAGUUUAAUAGUUUUGCCUUUUAAAUUAGAUGAAGUUUCUCCACAUUCGUUUUUUCUAUAUUUGGAUGAAUUGUUACUAUGUGCGGGUCCCUUAACUUUUCAUCUGACACACUUAUGUUUGUUUGAUGAUUGUGACCUAAAUAACGGCAUUUAUCAGAUGUGUUUCUAGUUCUCAUUAGCUUACAUUAAUUUUUCACAUGCAAUGUAAGAUAAUACACCAGCUCAUAUCCUAACUGUGAAUGAAACUCAAUCCGAGCACAACACUGGUUUUUAUCACAUUUUGACAGGUGCCAAACCUGUGAGAAGUUACGUUGUUACGUCGUCACAUUUAAUGGAUUGUGUUACCUUGUACGUCCGUGUUACUGCAUUGUACUCAUGAUGCACAUGUGAAUGAUAAAUUAAA